AUGGAACAAAGAGGACGCGGUGAACGGAGGGAGAGACGGCAGUGGGUCGCCUUCAUAGUUGCUUUGGUUUUGUUGUGGAGCGGUGCUUCGGCGCAGAUAAGAUACUCGAUCUCUGAGGAGGUGAAGGAUGGAACUAACGUGGGGAAUAUAGCGAAGGAUUUGGGAUUAAAUCUGAACACCUUGAAACAGAGAGGAUUUAGAAUCGUGUAUGGGUCAACCGAGCCCCUGUUUCAGGUGAAUCAAAACGAUGGAAUGUUGUACGUCAAUCAAAAAAUUGACAGAGAAGAGGUCUGCAAGGACAGCAACACAUGUUUAAUUAACCUAAAAACCGUCCUUGAAAAUCCACUGGAGAUCCAUUAUGUUGCAGUGGAAGUGCUUGAUGUGAACGAUCACUCGCCCAUCUUCCCUGAGAAAGAGAAACGGUUGGAGAUUUCAGAAUCAGCUUCACCCGGAGCGAGGUUUCAGCUCCAAGCUGCGCGCGACCCAGACGGCAGCCUGUUUUCUGUCCAACAGUAUAAACUGAGCCAAAACGAUCAUUUUCGUUUAGAAGUAAAAGAUCGAGGAGAGGAUGGCAAAAUUAUAUUUUUGCAUUUACAGAAGCCACUAGAUAAGGAAACCAGAAAAAGCCAUAGGUUGCUGCUUACAGCCAUUGAUGGAGGCAAACCUGCACGGUCUGGGACAGCCAACAUAAUUGUGGAGGUUUUAGACGUAAAUGAUAACAUGCCUGUUUUCACUCAGGAUUCAUAUUCGGUCACGCUUAAUGAAAAUUCUCCCAUUGGCACAACAGUAUUACGAGUAAAUGCAACCGAUUUAGACGAUGGUGUAAAUGGUGAGGUCAUUUAUUCUUUUAGCAGUGACGUAAGUGAUAACAUACGUCGACUUUUCAACGUUGACAUCAAUACAGGUGAAAUAGUUGUAAAAGGGAUAAUUGACUUUGAAAUGAAAGAUCGAUAUGCAAUAGAUAUCCAGGCAUCCGACAGGGGACCCGUUCCAUUAACUGCAGACAAAAGCGUUAUAAUAAAAGUUGUAGAUCUCAAUGACAACGCACCUGAAAUUGAAGUGACGUCAUUUUCCAGCGCAGUUUCUGAAGAUUCAAAACCCGGAACUACAGUAGCAUUAAUCAGUGUUAACGAUUUAGACUCUGACCUAAAUGGGAAAGUUAUCUGUUCCAUCAGUGAGGAUGUCCCUUUCACGUUGACGCCAUCUUUACAGUAUAACAUGUACUCUGUAGUUACCAAGUCAUCUCUGGAUAGGGAGAAACAAUCCCAGUAUGACUUAACAAUAGUUGCUAAAGACGCAGGACAACCAGCCUUGUCAUCUGUAAAGACUAUCAGCGUCACUGUAUCAGAUGUGAAUGAUAACAGUCCAGAGUUUUCUAUGAGCCCCUAUACUUUCUAUAUUACAGAAAAUAACGAGCCCGGAGCUAGGGUAUUUAGCGUGAGUGCUUCUGAUCACGAUGAAAAUGAAAACGCACAGGUUUCCUAUAAUGUAGUCAGAGAUGGAGUAGAGAAUGAAUUAUCAUCGUUUCUUAACGUGAACUCUGAAAACGGAGAAAUAUUGGCGUUAAAAAGUUUUGACUUUGAAACGAUCAAAACAUUCCAGUUCCAAGUUAUGGCUACAGACUCUGGAACUCCGUCGCUAAGCAGCAAUGUCACAGUGAAUGUGUUCCUUCUGGAUCAGAACGACAACGCUCCAGUGAUCUUGUAUCCAGUCAACGCUAACGGUUCUGCUGAAAGUGUGGAGGAGAUUCCCCGCAAUGUGAACGCAGGUCAUUUGGUGACUAAAGUGAGAGCCUAUGACGCAGAUGUAGGAUAUAACGGCUGGUUGUUGUUUUCACUGCAGGAAGUUAGUGACCACAGUCUCUUUUCUCUGGACCGCUACACAGGACAGAUAAGGACACUUCGGCCAUUCACAGAGACAGACGAGCCUGAACAUAAACUGGUCAUACUGGUCAAAGACAAUGGGAACGUUUCAUUCUCAGCAACAGCUACUGUGAUCAUCAACGCAGUGGAGGCCAAAGAGGCUUUUGCUGCUUCUGAUGUUAAAAGCUCUGUCAACGAGGAAGAUGAGAACCAUGUUACAUUUUAUUUGAUCAUCACUUUGGGGUCAGUGUCCACUCUUUUCCUGGUCAGCAUCAUCGUGUUGAUUGUAAUGCAGUGUUCUAAAACACCAGAUUAUUCAUCCAAGUAUUUACAAGAGACGAACUAUGACGGGACACUGUGCCACAGCAUCCAGUACAGAUCCGGAGACAAACGGUACAUGUUGGUAGGACCCAGAAUGAGUAUAGGUUCUACUAUAGUCCCGGGCAGUAAUGGGAAUACUCUGGUGGUCGCCGAUCACAGGAGGCGUGCGUCUGGAGAGGUAAGCUGA